CAGACAAGGAUGACCGGAGCUUCAUUCACAUUAGAAACCUGUAAACUCAACUGCAAGUAAUAUUGCAGACUCCCGCGACAAACGACAGGAUCGAUCUGAUUGCCUGAGGACAUCGAGAUCCCAAUCCAGGACCCGCUUAUUAUUCUUCAUCCCCGGCUCCAAGCACCCCGACGUUUCUGAUUGUGCACUCGAGCCGCACAAGCCUCAAGCACCAACACCAAGCAGAAACGCGUAUUGACCGGGGCGAGUUGCGAUCCCAACAAGCCCGCCGUUUUCCUGGCCAAUUGACCUCGCUAGAAAGACCCCAACACUUGACAGCUUGUCUCAGCGACCCGGCCUUUCUCUUUCUCGAUUCGACCACUCUCCACCGAUCAUCAUCCAGCCUCAGACCACAGCUGCGACCCGAGUUGGAAGUCGUCGAAAGCAACAUUACUUCCAUGACAACGGCUCCGCAGCCGGCCAGUCCUCAGAAUGAAGGCAACUCCGUUAAUUAUAAACUGGCAUCACGAUAACAACAACCCGUACCCGAUCUACUCUGCCCACUUCGAACCCAAUGGUAAAGGCCGUCUCGCGACGGGUGCCGGAGACAACAAUGUUCGGCUGUGGAAGGUAGAAGAGGAUGGUGCCGAGCAGAAGGUCGACUACAUCGCGACCCUCGCGAAACACACCCAAGCAGUGAACGUCGUUCGCUGGGCCCCGAAGGGCGAGGUCCUCGCAUCCGCUGGCGACGACGGGAACGUGAUCUUAUGGGUCCGGUCCGAAACCCACCACCCGACGUUUGGCUCCGAGGGCCUCGACGACAAGGAGACAUGGCGGACAAAGCAUAUGUGUCGAUCACUAGGGACGGAAAUAUAUGACCUUGCAUGGUCACCAGAUGCGUCGUUCUUCAUCAUUGGAAGCAUGGACAACGUGGCGCGAAUCUACAACGCUGGGACAGGGACUCUGGUCCGCCAGAUUGCCGAACACAGCCAUUAUGUCCAGGGCGUCGCGUGGGACCCAUUGAACGAGUACAUCGCGACACAAUCAUCGGACCGUUCCGUCCACAUCUAUUCUUUGAGGACGAAAGAUGGCCAGUACACCCUCCACAAUCAUGACGACAAGCCCCCGAAGCUCGCGAGCCAUGCCAAGACCGACCUCCCUCCCCGACGGAUAUCCUCCAGCAGCCCAGCACCGCCCGAAAUAGGUUACCGGUCGGUUCUCGCGGCGAUAGAUGCGGUGCCGGGGGUCACGAUCGGCUCGCCUGUCCCCUCGGCCCCGGGGACUCCGACGUCGGUUGCGCUACCGAUGAAUCCGCCCAGCGUGAUCACCCAUAGCCGGAGGACCUCCUUCUCAUCAUCGAGGCGUUCCGUUUCGCCUGCUCCGUCGAUGCCUCUACCGGCUGUGAUGCCUAUCGAAGCCUCCCCGAAGCCGCACCUUAAUAGCAUGGGCCUGGGCAUGAAAAACGCCAGCCUCUACGCCAAUGAGACCCUUACUUCGUUUUUCCGGAGACUGACAUUCACGCCCGAUGGGAGCCUUCUUCUCACACCUGCCGGACAGUACCAGACCCAGCACCAAAUGGAGGGCGCGAAGCCCACGUACGAGGUCAUCAACACGGUUUACAUAUACACUCGUGGUGGUAUCAACAAACCUCCAAUCGCGCACUUACCGGGCCACAAGAAGCCUUCGGUCGCGGUCCGCUGCUCCCCGGUUGUUUACACCUUGAGGCAGUCCCCUCCCGUCACCAAAAACAUAACCAUCGAUAGCUCGUCUGCCGAGGAGCCUAUCCCGUCGCUCCCAGAGCCCCUAGCCAAGGCUUCGCCGGCCCCAUCGGUGAUGGACCCGCCGCCGCCGCCGGUAGUGGCAGAGGCUUCGACUUCUACUGCAAAGACUCUGAACCUGGAAACCGGCGUGCAAGGUCAGGGGCCAAAGUCCGUGUUCGCGUUGCCGUAUCGGAUGGUGUACGCCGUGGCGACCCAGGAUUCGGUCUUGUUGUAUGACACACAACAACACACGCCUAUUUGUGUGGUGAGCAAUCUACAUUGCGCCACGUUUACGGAUCUGACUUGGUCGAGCGACGGUUUGACCCUGCUCAUAUCAUCCUCAGACGGGUUCUGCUCGACCCUGUCGUUCACCCCCGGCGAACUUGGCACCGUCUAUACCGGAGACCUUGGACCUCCGAAGCCCUCCGUAGCCAAUGCGUCCAACCAAAACACGCCAGCACCUACCCCGACCUCGGUGUUUGCACCGCCUUCGCCGUUCCCGAACGGCUCGCAUCACAGACACUGGGACUCGGUCGGCUCGCUGACGGCACCGUCGCCGCCAACAACAACGGCCUCCUUUGUCAACCCACGGGCGGGGUCCCCAGCGCGGUCGAGCUCGAACUCAUCCGUAUCAGCGCCGCAGACGGGCGUGCUUACCAACCCGCCCUUGAUAUCGGGACAAGUGCCCAGCAUAGCAGCCACAAACUCGAGCAAGGUUGUCGGGCUCCCUAUCACAACGCCGCCCGAGACCCCGCGCGCCUCGUUCACCGCGCCGACGGGCACCAAGCGGGAGACCGAAGACGAGGCAGAUGAGCCCUCGGGUAACCAUUCGAAGCGGAGACGGAUUGCGCCCACGCUCGUUAGCGGAGGGCCACAACCUAGUGGCAACAACGAAGAGCCUAAGGCAUAACAAGUUGGUCCGGGGCUCUUGAAGGACGGGAGGUCAAAUGCGUGUAUAAUAUGCAAGGAAGGGAUGGCGUUACGAUAUGGGACUGGCGGGCAACUGGGACUGGUAUGCUAUGUCUUGAACCGGGCGAG